AUGCAACGUGCCGCCGCCGCCGGCCAGUUUGGUCCCCUGGCGGCGCUCGCACCCGCCGGCCUGCCGGCCGCCGCGGCGACGGGCGCGCACGGCGCGUUUGCGGUGUACCAGCACCCCCCGCCGCCGGCGCACUGCCACGCGGCCGCCGACGGGGUCGCGGCCGCGCAGCGCCUGUUUGCGACGCCGCACGCGUUCCACGCCGCGCGCGCGCACCAGGCGCCGCGGCCGUCGGGCAGCCUCGACAGCCUCGCCGCGGCCGCGGCGGCGGCGUCCGAGGAGGAGGAGCGGCGGCAGCACGCGUGA